UUACCCCCUAUAAAAGCCCAGGGAAUCCAAACUCAAACUACUACAACCUCCUUCCAAAUUCCACCAAUCCAAUCGAGAAAAUGGCAUCCAUGUCCUCCUCCUUCCUCUUCUUCCUCUUAUCUCUCUCCUUCCUCUCCAUGACCCAAGCCCAGGUCACUGGAAACCCACAACCCAGAAUCCAUGGUCUGGCCCAGGAGAAACCCGCUGAAUUCUCUCCGUCCGCUUUCAACUUCUUCCACCCCAAAUUUCCUACCCCAACUCACCAUACGUUUUGCGCUACUGCCCGUUGUUCAGCAUCGCCCGUAUCCUCAGUUUCCAGCACAUUUGAUAAGCCGGAGGCAACUCAAGUUCACAAAAGUGUGUGGCUGGGCCCACAUGAAAAUGGGCCGGGGAUCGGGGCUGGUGGGAUAGCUGGCAUUGUAUUUGGAUCAGUCCUUUUCGUGGUUCUAGCAAUGGGAGCUUACUAUGCAGUGAUCACCCAUCGAGCCAAUGCCGAUCGAGCCAAUAGCAUGGUUCAGCCCGAUGUUUGAUAGGCUCAUCAUGGUUGUCAAUGUGGAACGAGUCAAUGGAAAUUGUGAGCCAUUAGCCCCAUGCGGCAUCACCGACACUCGACCGGCUCAUAGUAGCGACUCCAGUUCCCAGUCAUUUUCUUUUUCUUUUCAUUUUCUUUUUCCUGGAGGUUGGGAAUGUAAGAUAGUUGGAUUGGUGAUUAGUUAAAGAUCCUUCUUUA